AAGACAGUGAUAGCGACCUGGACAACCACGACUCGUCCUCCAACACCUCAGCUGACGACCACAUGACCUCCACCAAGAGAACACACCACAGGGGAGUUAAAGAAGUGAGUGUCACUUUCAGGGUUGCCCAUGGAGGGGUGUACUCUCCUCCUAGCACUGUUAUCAUGUGUGGUCACUCAGUGUGGGCCUGCCUGGUUGCUGAUUCACACAUGCAUUUCCUUCCUGAUUUUAUAGUGUUCUACAGAUCUCGGAGUCAUCUGGCCCUCUAGGCUUAUGUGGAAAGGUUAUUGCCCCACCCUUUACUGUCCAUUUCCAGAAUGAUCUUUAGAGAGACCAUGUUAUUUAAUAAUCCUACAAAAAGAGAGAUGCAGCACAAGAAUACGUCUGAAUACAUUGAGUUAGUAAAUUGGAAACUGCCGAUUUACAGAAUAUCCUCACAGCUGGUAGAGCACGGCGCUUGUAACGCCAAGGUAGUGGGUUCGAUCCCCGGGACCACCCAUACACAAAAAUUUAUGCACGCACGACUGUAAGUCGCUUUGGAUAAAAGCGUCUGCUAAAUGGCAUAUUAUUAUUAUUAUUAUUAUUAUUAUUAUUUCAGACCCCAGAAACAGAAAGCAUCUCCGGUUGUGUGGUGUAAUUCACACCCACUGCAGUGUCAUACAGUUUGUCAUAGUGACAGUCAAUGAGUCACUGGGGGCCGGAGGGUAAUUCUCUCUCACACCCUCAACCCACCUAACACCACAACCACACAGACACACAACCUUUUGACCUACCUCUCAGGAGUACUGCCCCCAGGACCAGCCAUAGAUGUACUGUAGAGAGGAGGAGCAUAUCCACCCUUUAGAUGUACACAUACAUUAAAUCCUCUUCUAAUAUUUGCCCUACAUUCUCAGUGUAGGCAGGACCACCAUUACAUAACUUACUGUAUUAUUACACAAUCAUUAGCAUAAAUAUUACUGAUGAAACAGAUCUGUAUGGUUGAUCCACAUAGCGUCCACAUAGUCAUAGUCAUUUAGCAGACGCUCUUAUCCAGAGUGACUUACAGUUAGUGAGUGCAUACAUUUUUUUUUCAUACUGGCCCCCCGUGGGAAUCAAACCCACAACCCUGGCAUUGCAAGCGCCAUGCUCUACCAACUGAGCUACACGGGGCCCAGUAUCUGGGUCUACAGUAGUAUUGAUCCUCUGAAAUCACCCUGACAGACAGUACAUUGUGUUUCUCAGGAGAGCGAGGAGGGAGCCGACCUGAUGAGCAGCUGUGUGUGUCCUCUGUGCACCCUGGAGUUCAGCAGCCCCGAGCAGCUCAUCACACACGUCUACCAGGUGAGGGCAGUACAGUACCAGACAGUCUACCAUGGCACCAAGUAUUCAGACAGGGCCAAAGCCUCCUUAGCCUCAGCGGUUGGAUCAGGGGGCUAAUGGGCUAGGGGUAGAUAAUCACCUUUAAACCUAGGAGCUACUGUCAUCACUACACUAAAGAAGGAAGGAUAAUUAUGAUCCAGUCAUGUGAUCAGUCUCUGGGUUAUGUGUCAAACCUAAGGUUUGGAUGUUUCAUCCUGUUUUUAACUUGUUGUUAUGUCAGUGUCUUGAAACUGAGCCAGAAUUACACGUUUACCAGCAGCCACUUCCUCCACUUUCCAUUCGUGUACUUUCUCACAUGAUGGUGUAGUGUUAACCACAUACGUUUAUGCCACAAUUGUAGAUAUGUGUAUUUUAGAUAUGCACUGUUGGGGUUUGCCCUCACUUUUAGGUUGCUUAUAAAACACACUGACAAACAAAGAAAACGAUUGUGGUUUACCUAAUUAAAUGACUAUAAUUCUCCAUCUCUCUCCCCCUCUCUCUCUCUGUGGAGCAGCACACAUCGUUGAUGGGCAGCAGUAAGAGCUACGUGUGCCCAGUGUGUGGGCGUGCGCUCAGCUCGCCAGGCUCCCUGGGGCGCCACCUUCUCAUCCACUCUGAGGACCGCCUCUCCAACUGUGCUGUGUGUGGGACACGCUUCACCGACACCAACAACUUCAACAGGUCUGUGCCUCCACCACAACUACUACCUCAUUUCAGCCCCAUACCGUAAUAUAGUGCUUCAGCCUUUCACACACACAAUGACAUGGGUUAUCUGCAGAGUUUAGAGAGCCUAUAACAGCUGUGUCCUGUAUCUCUCUGCCUAUAACAGCUGUGUCCUGUAUCUCUCUGCCUAUAACAGCUGUGUCCUGUAUCUCUCUGCCUAUAACAGCUGUGUCCUGUAUCUCUCUGCCUAUAACAGCUGUGUCCUGUAUCUCUCUGCCUAUAACAGCUGUGUCCUGUAUCUCUCUGCCUAUAACAGCUGUGUCCUGUAUCUCUCUGCCUAUAACAGCUGUGUCCUGUAUCUCUCUGCCUAUAACAGCUGUGUCCUGUAUCUCUCUGCCUAUAACAGCUGUGUCCUGUAUCUCUCUGCCUAUAACAGCUGUGUCCUGUAACUACUCAUCUCUCUGCCCCCCUACACAGGGAGAAGCUCAGAGAGGUCCUGAACACAGGCAGCAGCAUGGAGUGCAGCAGCGGAGAUGAGAACUGUUCCAUGUCCCGGUCUCUCUCCAGCAGCCCCAUGGGCAACCCCGGUCAUGGCCUGGGACACGGCCAAGUGCCCGGCCACAGCCAAGGACACAACCAUGGCCCAAACCAAGGCCCAGGACACAACCCUGGCCGUGACACAGGCCACAUCCCGGGACACAGCCACGACCAGGGAUACAACCCCGGCCACAACCAAGGACAUGGACAUGGCCCAGGACAUGGCCAAGGUCCCGGACUCCUCGCAGGCCACCCACUCCCCUCGCUGCACCACAGCCUCCUCUCUUCGCCCCCCUCCUUCCCUGAUGCCCUCAGCCCCUCACCAGGCCUACCCCUGCUGCCAGACAUCCUGAGCCCCAUGCCUGUGCACCCGGCCGGAGUGCUGCUGGUGUGUAACAGCUGUGUGGCCUACCAGCAGCUGGUGGACGCCCAGUCUCCCAUGAGGAAGUGGGCCAUGCGCAGGAAGAAUGAGCCGGUGGAGGCACGCAUGCACCGUCUAGAGCGCGAGCGCUCCGCCAAGAAGACCAAGCGGGAGCACGAGUCGCCCGAGGAGCGGGAGCUGCGGAGGCUGCGGGACCGUGAAGCUAAGCGGAUGCAGAGGCUGCAGGAGACGGAGGAGCAACGGACACGGAGGCUUCUGCGCGACCGGGAGGCCAUGCGGAUGAAGAGGGCCAACGAGACGCCAGAUAAGAGGCAGGCCAGGCUGAUCCGUGAGAGAGAGGCCAAGAGACUGAAACGGCGGCUGGAGAAGAUUGACCCCUCCCUGAGAGGUCAGAUAGAGCAUGACCCAGCUGCUAUGGCCGCCCUGACGGCAGACAUGAGCCUGUUCCAGUUCCCCUGCCCCAUGCCUGUCCCCUCUCUGGACAACGGCCUCUUCAUGAAGCUGCCCUAG